AUGAAGUCAAUUUAUAAAUUAUUUUUCUUGUGUUUAACACUUGCUAUUUUGAUAAUAUUAUUGAAUUUAAGUACAAAUUUGAAAAAUAAGAUAUACAAUGAACAUAAUAAAGAAAAAUUGUCAUACACUUUACCUAAGAAAAAAAUAAAUAUACAUACAACCAGAGAAGUAACUAUUUGUGUAGUAGUUUGUGGAGAUAGAUUAGAUGAAUCAUUAACUAUGCUUAAAUCGGCAUUAGUUUUUACAAAUGCAUCAUUGCAAUUUAUAGUAAUAACAGAAAAUAAUUUGAUACCUGCAUUUAAUGAAAAAUUAUCAGAAUGGAAACUUAUUUCUAACAAAACAUUUGACUUUGUAAUCAAAUCUGUAACAUUCCCAGAAGGAAAUGAUCCAGGAAUAUGGAAAAAAUUAUUUAAACCUUGCGCUGCUCAACGAUUAUUUUUACCAACUGUUUUAAACACCACAGAUGCAGUUUUGUACAUGGAUACAGACACAUUGUUUUUAGCACCACCAGAGAAAAUCUGGGAUGAAUUUAAAAAGAUGAAUUCCAGUCAACUAGCUGCUUUAAGUCCAGAACACGAGGAUCCAAAUACUGGCUGGUAUAAUCGUUUUGCUAAACAUCCAUAUUAUGGAAAAUUGGGAGUAAAUUCUGGCGUUAUGUUGAUGAAUUUAACAAGAAUGAGAGAAUUUAGAUGGACCAAUUAUGUUGUUCCCAUUCACAAGGAAUAUAAAUUAAAAAUAACAUGGGGAGAUCAAGAUAUUAUAAAUAUAAUAUUUCAUUAUCAUCCAGAAAAACUUUAUGUUUAUCCUUGUAGAUUUAAUUACAGACCUGAUCAUUGUAUGUAUAUGUCAGUUUGUACAGAAGCAGAGAAACAUGGUGCAUUAGUGUUACAUGGAUCUCGAGGUAUGUUUCAUUCUCAGAAACAACCACCAUUUAAAGCUAUAUAUAGAUCAAUGCAAGAAUAUCAAUUGAAUACAGAUCCAUACGAUUAUUUACUUGUACCAAUGAGAAAUUAUUUAACAUUGGAAGAUAAAUCUAAUUGUGGUAGAGUAUGGAAAGCUUUUCUUAUACAACCCGAAUUACAUUUAAACAAAUAUGAUUAAAAAAAAAUGAUAUAAUGGAGUUUGUAUAUAUAUAUAGGUACUCCAUUUUAUGUGAAUCAGACUAUAAUUGAAUUUUGAGAAAUCCUUUUUUUUUUUUUAAUAAUAUUCGAAUAUAUAAGCAAUAUGUACGUAAGAUAAUAACAUUAAUAUAAUUAAGAAUACAGAUUGAAAUGCUGUAUUCUUGUGCCAUCAUUACUGAUUUUUACAUGGUUCUAUGUGAGAAGUCAAAAAUACAAAGAAUUUUAUCCUAGAUAAUAGAUAUUUGAGUGAGAUAUACACAAAUAGUAAUAGAUAUGAGGCAUAAGCAAUUAUGCGUGACAUGGUUUAUAUUUAAAACCGAUAUGUCUUCUAUUAGCUUAUAAAAUAAGCAGACUGAAUUCUAUUGAUAUUUCUUUUUUUGUCAUACUUUUUAUUAUUACACGUAAUAUAAUCUAUUUUAAUUAUAUAUAUAAUAAUACUAGAAAGUAAAUAGAUUUGUAUUUACUAUUUGUCAACAUUUAUUGUUGAUUACAUAAAUAUUUGAUUGAGUAUAUUAACCCUUUGAGUUAUGUAAGAACGGAAUAAUUUAUUACAUUAUUUUACAUUAAUACUAACAAACACGUAUAUACGUCGAUUGAUCAUUCUAGUAAUUUGUACUAAACGCAUAUAUGCGUCUAUAGCACUCUAAGGGUUAAAUAACGUUGUUAUUAUAUAUACAAUAUAUUUAUACU